CUGACAUACUGAUAUACUGUAUGAACUCUUCUCUUCUCUCUCUGCCUCCUCAGCAUCACAGACCAACAACACAGACAGUGUCUGUAGUCACCACGUCACCAAUCUUCAGGAACUUCAGAUCCAUUUCUCUGGACCUCUUCCUGGGUUGACCAGGACUUUAAACACACAGAAAAUUUACAAGGUUCUCCAUCCUCAACUCCUGGGAAGCCGUUACCAUGGCAACAAAUGCCUUGUCCAAAUAUGGGAACAUCAUUUCCACAAGUGAUUUAAUCAAACCAGGACUUCCCACUCUCUACCAACUGAAACCAAAGAAAGAUAACAUUGGAACUCUGACAAGAAUGACUCUUGGUGAAAAACAUCAUAACAAGGAAACCAAAACCAUCUUACUAGUUGGUGAAACAGGAUCAGGAAAAUCUACUCUGAUCAACGCUCUGGUCAACUACGCCAUGGGAGUGGAGUGGGAGGAUGAAGUCUGGUUUCAGAUCGUAGAGGAGGAGAAGAGAAGUCAAUCAGAAAGUCAGACAUCAGAGGUGAUCGUGUACCAGAUCUUUGGUUUUGAAGAUAAACCUCUGCCCUUCUCUCUGACCAUCAUCGAUACUCCUGGAUACGGAAGCACUGGUGGGAUCGAACAUGAUGACAUCAUCAGGCAAAGAUUAUUUGAGUUGUUCUGCUCAGAGGAUGGAGUUCAUGAGAUUAAUGCAGUGGGUCUGGUGCUGAAAGGGAGUGAGAAUCGACUGAGUGACCGUCAGAGGUACAUCUUUGAUUCAAUGAUCUCUCUGUUUGGAAAAAACAUGGAGAAGAACAUUGUUGCCCUCAUCUCACACUCAGAUGGUGUGACACCUGAAAAUGUUCUGAAAGCUCUCAAGGAUGCAAACAUUAAAUGUGCCAAAGACGAAGAUGGUGAGCCUGUUCAUUUUAUGUUCAACAACCACCAGAGCAGAGAGAAAACAAAGAAAAAUAAGGAUGCUCUAAAAGCUGCAUGGGUAAUGACAAUUAACCAUAUGGGUGAAUUUGCUGAUUUCCUGACUCAACAAUCCUACCAGAGCCUGAUGACAACUAUUAAAGUUAUGAAAUCCCAAAUUAAACUGACAGCCUGCAUCAACAACCUGCAGGAGAGAAUCAAGGAUAUUGAUCUAAAACAGAAUGAAAUCCAUCAGACUGAGGAAGCUCUGAAGAAACAUGAAGAAGAGAUGAAGAAGAAUGAGAAGUUCACUGAAGAAGUUGAUGAGCCCUACAAAGUUAAACAAAGAGUUGUAAGAGAGAGGAGGUUGUGGGCACUUAGGUUAAAUUAUGGAGGAGCUGUCUGCUGCACUGUCUGUAAGGAGAACUGUCACGAUCCAUGCCCACUGGCCUGGUAUCCAGAACAGUGUGAGGUCAUAAAAGAUGGCCGCUGCACUGUAUGUACCGGGAAGUGUCCUGCAUCAGUUCAUGUGAAGGAAGAACAAUGCAUUGACUGUGAGGGUAAGUGUUCAGAUGAAUCAAGGCAUGUCAAAACCCCCUGGAUCUAUGUUACCAAGACAAGGAAAGUUAAGACGACUCUAACGGAUAGGAAGGAGAAGUAUGAAAAGAACAAGGCAGAAAGAGAGGACAAGUCAAGCCUUUUGGAAACUCUUAAAAAAGACAUGGAAGCACUUCAGCAAGAAAAAGAUCGGUUGUUAGAAAAGUCAUUUCAGCAUGUUGUCAAACUGGAGCAGAUCGCCCUGAAUGUAAAUUCACUGUCCACUCAUGUCCAGUUGGACUUCCUGAUUGAGGAGAUGAAGGAGAAAGGAGAUGCAGUGAAGGAGAAAAAACUGCAAGAGAUGAAAAGUCAAAUGGAUAAAGAUGAAGGAAUCAAAGCAGCCCUGCGCUACAAGUUUGGUAAAGUACAAGUUGGUAUUUAAAGAAGUAGUGAUGAACUAGAUGAACAUAAUCACUGAGAGCAGACAGCUGUGUAGAAAAAAGGUUCCACACUGAUGAGCAAAUGUUUCCUUAUAGUUCUAUUAAAUGAAUCUAUUAAAUGUGAUGACAUUAAAAAUGUAAUCACCUUUUAAAUGUUAAAUGUGUAAUUCCUGUAAACAGCGCCCUCUGUGAUGUAAUAACUGUUUGUUUCAUGUUUACAGUUUUUUCCAAUUGCUUACACACUAAAAUUAAAACUUUCCCACAAUUAGCAAAACCUUAGACUCAAGGAGCAAAACUCUAGGCUAGAUCUGCACAACUGGAAGCACAUUGUCAGCUUCACACUUUUUGUAAAACAUUACACACAGUGAUUGCAAAACACUAAACACACUUGUAUGCA